CGAAAAGUUCACCACAUUUUCCAUGCACGUUACUGCAACGAAAGCGACCUUUCUCCCGAGCUUCAGUCAACUCACCUCACCACGAUGGCCUCAGGAGACGGCAAGCGGCUACACGCCCAAGGCACGCACGAGUCCUCGCUCGAACUCAUCGGGCAGACACCCCUCGUCCGUCUGAACAAGAUCCCGCAGUCUCUCGGCAUCGAAGCCACCGUGUACGCCAAAUGUGAAUUCUUCAAUGCGGGAGGAAGUGUCAAAGACCGGAUAGCGCUGCGCAUGAUCGAAGAGGCCGAGAAGUCGGGAAGAAUAAAACCGGGUGACACGCUGAUCGAGCCUACCAGCGGCAACACUGGUAUCGGACUCGCCCUUGUCGCCGCUCUCAAAGGCUACAAGACCAUCAUCACUCUCCCUGAGAAGAUGUCGGCUGAGAAAGUCGCCGUGCUCAAAGCCCUCAACGCAACCAUCAUCCGCACACCCACACAAGCCGCUUUCGACAGUCCCGAGUCACAUAUCGGGGUUGCCAAACGAUUGGAGAAGGAGAUACCGAAUGCCCAUAUAUUGGACCAGUACGGCAACCCCGACAACCCGCUGGCGCAUGAACUGGGAACCGCAGAAGAGAUAUGGCAGCAAACAAAGGGCACGGUGACGUGUGUCAUCGCCGGCGCCGGCACAGGUGGCACAAUCACAGGCCUCGCCCGCGGUCUGCACAAACACAAUAGAUCAAUAAAGAUCGUCGCCGCAGAUCCCCAGGGAUCGAUCCUCGCUCUCCCUUCGUCGCUCAACGAGGAAUUCGCGAACCAGCCCUACAAAGUUGAGGGGAUAGGGUACGACUUCAUCCCGGACGUUCUGGACCAGAGUGUAGUUGACAAAUGGUACAAGACGGACGACAGGGACUCGUUCCACUACGCCCGCCGCCUCAUCGCCGAAGAAGGACUGCUGGUUGGAGGGAGUUCGGGUUCCGCCAUCGCGGCGACGGUCGAGGCCGCAAGGGAGCUCAAGCUUGGGAAAGACGACGUGGUCGUGGCAAUCCUCCCGGACAGUAUCCGCUCGUACCUGAGCAAAUUCGUCGACGACGACUGGCUCGCCGCCAACAACCUGCUGCCCCCGACACCACCGCCGGAACCCUCCUCACCACAACUCUCGAGAACCCAGAGCAUUAAACAGGACGACACAUUCCACGGAGCGCGGGUACGUCAUUUGCGCUUAAAGCCCGUCCAGACAGUCACAUCGGACAGUCCCUGCUCCAGCGCCAUCGAAGUCAUGCGCGAAAAGGGCUUCGACCAACUCCCCGUCCUGGCACCCAAGGGUUCCAAGAGAUUGGUCGGGCUGGUCACCUUGGGCAACCUAUUGUCACGGAUAAGCCAUGGGCGGGCCACGGGACAGAGCCCCGUGAGCGAUGUUAUGUUCGACUUCUCCAAGAUCAGCGAAGUCACCGUCGACCACACGGAUUUCUCAGAGUUGAUGACCACGUCCGCGGAUGAGGACUCGGAGCCGCAGAAGUUCUCGAGCGACAUGAGCGCCAAAACCAAGAGCAAGGGUAAAAGAAGGCACUUCGUAGAGAUCACCAUGGACACUGCGCUGAGCGCUUUGAACAAGUUUUUCGAGUGGCAGAGUGCGGCCAUCGUCACAGAACGCGAAUCAAGCGACAAGGGCGGCGCUCUGAAGCCAGUGGCAGUGGUUACCAAAGUAGAUCUGCUUACUUGGAUGUUGAGCGAGCACAAGCCGUAGCACUCGGGGGUAAUAAUGGAGACCAUGUUUUACCAAAGGCAUUGGGAUUUAGAUCAGAUUCAACAGCGUCAUCGGGUCAAAAGGUCAGGACGGAUUGUACCCCCAAGAGGGCAAACACUGGGAACAUUCAACACCGGAAUCCCACAGGUGAUGGGCGAUGCAUUCGCAAGGACAAGAGUGGAAGUAUCGAAGCAAACUCCAUGAGUAUUUGGGAGCGAUUGAGAUAUCAUGUAUUUAAACAAUAAACCUGCGUCCGCGAGGACAAGUGACCUAUGAUGGCGC